UAUAGAAUCUCAAGAAUGAAUGAAUGAAUGAAUACUUUUAUUGUACACCAUAUUUAAACAAAAGGAUAAUCGAUACAAUUUAGUGGUACAAUCGGCGGCCUUAUCGCUAAAAGCAAUUUCUUCCAGGCCAUAUGUCUGAAUUGAAGACUAUUCGUAUGAUAAUACUUUUUAUAUGCUCACUUAUACUCAGGAUUUCCGGAAAAUAUAAAAAAAGAAAAUAAACAAUAUUUGUUUCUAUGGAAUCGAUAGAACAACGCUCGGCCAGUUGUUGAUAUUAGUCUGACUAUAAACGAUUUUGUACAGGCCUCCUGAACAGAUAGACUUCAUUCGUGCCAAAUUUAAUAUGGGCAUAUACAACAACCACAAGUACCAUUGUCGUGGGCAAGCCUGCAAUGCGUGUUUCUCUACCAUCAAGGUUGUCCAGGCGUACGCUGUAUUCGAGCCACACUUCAGAUUCUUUGCCAGAGAGAUGAUGAGAUUAUCUGGUUCAUGCACUUUGUUGUGGCUCACUGCUUACCGUAAUAAGUGGGUAAGUGGGUGUAUUAAAAUCAGUGUUGGAUCAUUAUUAAUAAGAAAAUAUCUUCGUCCAAGUACUUAUGUUUUUCGUUAUUUAUUUUCUUUUUUAUGUACUUCAAAAAACUUUUACCUUAAAGACUUGAUUUACUAAUUAUUAAUUCAUUUACUAGCUCCGAAAGUAUACGGUUACCUGUGGUAGGUUCUGCCAAAGGUUGGAUUACUAGAUGAUUUUUUAUACAUCACCCAUAUAAUAAUCUUUGAGAAAAAAUAAGGAACACCUAUAUUUCUCUUGGUAUCACCUGGUAUAAAAAUGUUGAAUAAAGUAUUUGGAAGUUGUCUGUAAAACUAUGAAUUCGUGGACGUUGUUAAACCCACGUCUUUGCCAUCGGAACCAUAGGAAACAUCGAUACCCAUAGAAAAUUAAUAAAUAUAAGAAAUAUAUUAAAUAAACGAAAACUUGACCUACUUAUUUUUUUCAAAAAUCGGCUUUAUAAAAAAUUUGGAUGGUGACUAAAUAUUCAUCCUGUAUGCUAAAUGCUAUAAGUUUCCUAUAUGCUAUAUGAUACUUUACGUAACAGGAAUCGCAUAAAGCUAAUUCUUUGGCUUCGGCAAUGAUACCAUUACUACCUAAUAAAUCAGAAAUCGAUUGGUUUGUCGUACCUGAACUAAAUGAAUAUGGAACUUUGUCUCAGAAAAUGUAAGUAUAUGUAUAUGAGGUAAAUAUGAUUUUAUAACAAUCGCAUCUUAACAGAAUCUACUGAACGCGAUAAAAAUCAAACGUCAGCUGUUUGUCCUGUGUAGAAUAUGUCAAAGUCUCCUGAUGAAAUAAUACUAACUUCUACAACCUAUCUAUCUACGUAUAAUUCACUUGACAUAAUUGUUGUGGAUUAAGUUAGUUUAGUCUUAGCCUUAUUCAUUUAUAAUCGUCAAUUUGUAUUACUGCAUAUCAUAAAAC